ACUCUCUUCAAAGGAGGUAAUCGGAAGACAACAACAACAACAACACAAAACAACAUGUUCUGUCGUUUACGCUGUUUGUUGGUUUGAGAAAGGCUGUUGAACUGGGAUGUCACAGAGCCAAUUUAUGUAUUGCUGCCAACAACAGAUAGAUACAUUAUGGAAAAUACACAUGGUUAUAUCCCCUCGGCACUUCUGGCAGGUGGCAUAGCGGGUACCUCUGUGGAUGUGGCACUGUUUCCACUUGAUACAGUUAAGACACGAUUACAGAGUGCUCAGGGAUUCUGGAAAGCCGGAGGUUUCCAUGGUAUAUACUCGGGUCUUGGGUCAGCGGCACUUGGCUCUGCACCUACAGCGGCAUUGUUCUUCCUGACAUAUGAGAGUGUGAAGCAUUUUGCUGGCAGUGAGACACAUUGGUCACCUGUUGUUCAUAUGUGUGCAGCGUCUUCAGGAGAAGUUGGUGCAUGUUUGAUACGUGUUCCAGUGGAGGUGGUUAAACAGAGAGCCCAGGCAAACAGAUACAUGUCUUCCUUGCAAGUCUUGAAAAAUACAGUUGCCGCAGAGGGUUUUAGUGGUCUGUACAGGGGAUAUAUCAGCACCGUUAUCAGAGAAAUACCAUUUUCAUUUAUACAGUUUCCUGUGUGGGAGUAUCUGAAGAAAACAUGGUCAGAAUAUCAAAAGUCUGAAGUAGAACCAUGGCAGUCAUCUGUAUGUGGAGCUAUAGCAGGAUGUACUGCAGCAGGGAUAACAACACCUUUAGAUGUAGCCAAAACUAGGAUUAUGUUAGCAGAGAAAGACAGUCUUUUAUCAAGAGGUAGUAUCAGAUAUGCUUUAACAGUAGUCCACAAAGAAAAAGGUGUCAGAGGAUUUUUCAGUGGAAUAUUACCACGUAUGAUGUGGAUAUCCAUUGGUGGCGCAAUAUUUCUUGGAGUCUACGAUAAAGUUAAAAAGACGGUCAGCAAGUACUAUCUCAAGAAACAUGAUCAUAUAACAUGAUAUAUGAACAUAGAAUAGGAUUUUACAAUUAAUUUAUUACCUGUGAUAAAUCUGUAUUGUGUCUUAAACAAAAGAGAAAUUGCUUUAGGUAAAUGUAUGUAACUAUAUACUUUACAAUAAAUAGUCACAAAAUUAUAAAGGACAGAACCCUGUAGCCUAUGCUAGUAAUGGGAAGCAUGCAUAAUAACUGAUUAUUGCGUGCUGUGGUAAGUGCAAAUAACCAAGAGUUACUUUAGAUAUAUAAUAAGUAACAAGUUAAAUUGCAGUGGUGUGCAUUAAAUGGUUUAUGUCACCUUGAUUAGCGCAUGGCACAAGCGGUUGUGCUAGUAUAGGUUUAUGCCGAUGACCACUUAACAUUCGUAAUUACCAUGUAAUGAUUUUGUGAGAACAUGUGACUUUACCGGCAAAAUGAGCAGUUAGUUCAAGAUCAGUUGUGUGUGUGCUUGAAGGUGAAAAAAGGAGAUUGUUUGGUAAAUGUUCCCUCAAAAAUGUGUUGUGUUUAGCCUGCUAGUGGCAAGUGAUUCUGCCUUUGCGACCGUGCAGGCUGAUCAUGGUCUGCCCUGUUCACUGUUCAGUAAGUAAAUUUUCAAUCAACACCUUUGAAUAACAAAUAGUACUGCCCAAAUUGAAUGAUGGACCAGUCCAUUUUAGAAAUUUAGCAGGCUAAGGUUAAUAUGGUGUUUACAUAUAAUACAAUGUCUACUUUUGACACCAUUGCAAGCACAGCAGUAACUUCCCAGACUUCCAUCAUGGUGAGCGAAAGGCAUCAGUAAUAUUACAUUGAAUGGCAGUUUUUACAUGAUUAGUUUAUACUAAUUUAUGUUUUACUUGCUUCGGCAUUAUUUGCAGUUGAUUUAUAGAAAACUUUAAGUUGUCAAAACUGUUAACUGCAAUUUGCUUUGUUGAAUUUUUAGGCUUUGUUGAAUCAACAACUUUGAUAAAAAUAACAAUGUUUUGGACUUUAGUACACAUUUUUUAUAGGGAAUUCUUUCUUUUUGUAUGUUUAUACAGAUUUUUCAAGCUUAAAAUGAAAUUUUGUUUAAGACUGCAUAAUACAUAUUUUAAGAAAAAUAAAACAGUAAAAUUGAA